ACGAGCGCGUUCAAAUUACCGCAUGCCAGUCAGCGAGCAAAGAAUCAAAAUAUUAUUGUGAGCUGUUGUUGAAGAUCAGGAAAACGUUCCUAACCAUGGCCACUGAUGUCCAAGAAAAUGCCCCAGUCUCUGCAACGGAGGAGGCUCCUGCUACAGCGACCAAGAAGAAAACCACGGGCAGCAAGCAAGCCAAGCCUGCCGCAACUCCAGCUGCGACCCCAGCCAAGAAGAAGAAAAACAAGAAGAAGAAGAACCAGCCUGGUAAAUACAGUCAGCUGGUAAUUGAUACCGUCCGAAGGCUUGGGGAGAGAAACGGUUCAUCUCUGGCAAAAAUUUACAACGAAAGCAAGAAGGAGAGCUGGUUCGACCAGCAGCAUGGGCGAACAUACCUGCGCUACUCCAUUAAGGCGCUCUUGCUGAACGACUCGCUGAUCCAGGUGAGGGGCUCCGGAGCCAAUGGCUCCUUCCGAUUAAACAAAAAGAAGUUUGAAAAGCAAGCCCAGAAAAAGAGCUCCGCUAAACCUGCAAAGAGCUCAGCCACUCCGACCAAGAAGGCCAAAAAAACAGUUGUCAAAAAGGCCAAGGCGAAAGUGAGCCCGAAAAAGAAGCCUUCAAAGCCGACGGCAGCAGCAUCCAAGAAGACUGCGAAGCCCAAGAAAGCAGCCAAAAAGCCAUCCCCUGCGCCCAAGAAGGUGAAAAAGCCGAAAAAGGCCAACAAGCCAUCUGUGCCCAAAGUACCCAAAGCCAAGAGUGCAAGAGCGUCGAGGGGGGGGAAGUAGGAAGCGCUCCAAGAAGGCUAGCUACAGACUUUGCUAUGAACAUGAGAUGCGGUUUCGUUUUGGAGCCAUCGGUAGAUCUCUUGUUUUUUAUUAUGGACAUUGUUUAGCUUGGAGAUGGCUAACCGCCACCUCAUACUGCAUUUAACAUGUUGUUUCCGCCUUAAAGGUGAAUAUGUUUGUUUCAAACAUUUCCAUAUUAUGUUUCUAAAAAGCGGGGAGGUGGUGUGGGUUGAAUUUGAAAUGUUGCACAGCUAGGGUGGUUACACGGAUUUUCAUUUUGUACAGUUGUCCAUUUUUGUCUAACUGCACUGCGUAAUGUUUUUGGGGUUGUUUUGAUUUGAUGUAUGGGCGACGCCCCCUGGUUGCGCGCCCGGUUUAACCGUUGAGCCACCCAGGUGGGAGGGACCAGAGUUCAAAUUUUGUAACAUUAAUGUUAGCUCCCAUAAGUAAAACUUUUGUACGGAACAAUGAGUGACCUCUUGUACUGGCGAGGUUUUAUUUCGCUUAAUUUUGUUGUGCAUCACGGUUCCAAAAUAAAACUUGUUUAAAUGUA